AUGUGCAGAUGGACGCCAACCGUAGCUCAUCUCUGUCCUGAACCUGCCCUUGGUACCACCACUACUGCAGCCUCUGCUGGGCGACCUCUCCUCCUGCCCAGUGCAGCCUCCCUUUGCCUGGCAUGCUUCACCCUGCUCCUGGUCACCGCUGGCACGGCCACAGGGGCCUGUCCUCCUGGGGUAGGGCAUGAACCCCUUCAGGUGCUGGCGAGUGGCAUCAACUGUUCAUGGACGUUGGAAAGGCACACUCGCAGUUACAAUCACCUAGAGGGCGACGUCCGACUACGGCGACUUUAUUCUGCCAACAAGUUCUUCCUCUGCAUUGACAAAACAGGCAAGGUGGAUGGUACUCGGCGGAAAAACUACGCAGACAGCCUGAUGGAAAUCCGAUCUGUCAGUGUGGGAGUUGUUGCCAUCAAAUCUGUCAGCACCGGGCUGUACUUAGCUAUGUCCAAGAAAGGCACGCUCUUUGGAUCGGUGAAGUACAACCCGAGCUGCAAGUUCAAGGAGCGCAUCGAGGAGAACGGCUACAACACAUACGCCUCACUCCGCUGGAAGCACGGCGGCAGGCAGAUGUUUGUUUCGCUGAACGGCCGUGGGAAGCCACGGCGAGGUCACAAGGCUCGUCGAAGGCACCCUUCUACUCAUUUCCUGCCCAUGCUUCCCUCCUAGCCACCCAAGUUUGAACUCUGACCGGCAACUGGCUGGCUCACCUGCCUCCUCACACCAGGAUGCCGAGAUGGCGAUCUUUGUUUUUAUUAUUCCAUCCUCCUGUCACAUAAAUGAACUUUUGUUGAGGUUUGUAACAUUUGUAGAGUUAGUAUAAUAUGUACUUUUAAGUUAUUUUCUCUAUUUUCUAAUGAUGUUCAGUAAUACAGUCCAAUACGGUAGAAUUCUACUAUCUGGCUACAGUAUCUGUCUGUGUGUCUGAACUGCAUGUAAAGAGGUAUUUGGGUGACUUUAAGAUACUGUAGAGGAUUUAAAAAGGGACAGCAAGACUUGGAAGCAACAAAAUGUGGCUCACUGGUUUGUUAUUUAGCCUAUUUCAGAUACUUAGCUAAAUAGGAAUGGAAGCAUCUGGCACACAAAAAAAAAUAUUUAUUCCAUCUGUGAUAAAUGACAAGAUUAAAACAAAAAAGUAGCAUCUUUGAAAUAGCUACAAAUCAGGGCUGUAGCUACCACUGAUGACAGAGAUAAUGUCCUCAGUAUUUUUGGGAGGCUUUUUGGAGGAGGGGAUGUCACACUCUACAAUUUAAAACUUACAUUAUUUAGACUUGUUAUAAAAUAUUUAGCCUUACAAAAAAGCCAAUGUGAAUUCAUCAUACCGUCCACCAGUGAUUUCUGUGUAACUCACAUGUAAAAUGUAUGAUAACUAAACUUCAAAAUAACUUAACCAUCAUAACUAAAAUAUACAUUUAAUAUUACAUGUGCAACACUCUUUCAAAAAUGAUAAAUUCACAUACCAUCAAAUGGUUUAUCACAUGUAAAACAGCAUUUCACUGAAUUCACAUAAUGUGGCUUUUGGACAAUGUAGACAACUUAGAAAUUCACGUUUCAUAGGUGCUGUUUUUUGUAAGGCUAAAUCUGGCUACUUUUAGGCCAACAACAAUAAAUAAACAAAUACAAAAAAAUUAAACUGUACUGACACUACUGGAUAAGAGACACUGAUCUACACCCCAACUGUACAGAUGAGAUAAAAAUCUCUACACACAUUAAUAAAUGUACUAUUCUGUCUGUAUAUGUCUACAUAUGACAAAAUCACAACAGAAACUAAGCUAACUACUGGGAUGACAUGCUGGAUUUUCUGAAAUGACCUUUGUAUGUUUGUGCAUGCUUCUGUCACACUGCUUCUCCCAUUCAACAACCCACAGCUAAUAGAUUAGAAAUCAGUAUCAUCUAGUCUCUGAUUAUUGUUCCUUAGUUGAGUCGUGAAAUAAUAAUAUACGUUUUGAGUCAUUUAAUACAUUAUAGCAACCAUAGGUACACCAGAUGUCACUAGCAGAAACUUCAUUCAUUUCAUACACAGUAGUAAAUUGUUAUUUCAGACUGCCUCUAUGUCAAGUCUUGCAAACAUUUUCUUGACAACAAGGCUGUUGCUAAUAGAACAUCUAAUAUAUUUAAAACAUUUUGUACUCUUUAACUGUUUGAAGUCAAUGUUUAUUGUUAUUGUCGACCUUUUGUGUGGGAAAUGUAGUCAUAAUGUUAAAAAAGAAGGGGAAAAAGUAACCGCAUUCAAGUCCAUAUUCAGCUCAUUUUGUAUGGUAUUACUACUGGAUAUUGGUACAUUUGUGAUCAACAGCUUUCAGCUAGCCAUCGGCCAGUAAUAGUAGGUUGUAGUCUCAGAACAAACAUCUUUAAUGUCUUUAGAUUAAUUUCAGCAAAAGUAAAAUCAGUUGAGUGCCUUGGCCCAUGCUGAGUUUGGUAAAGUUCAAUAAAAAAUGUGGAUACAUCAUGA